GAAAUCUAACGAGACAGUUUUUAUGGCAACCAGUAAUCAUCACCUUCUUCAACAAUGAACUCGAAGGGUUUGAAAUGCAAAUGCUCAACACAGACAUAUAUCAUCAACUUCAAAUCAGUAACUAUUACUGUUACUACUAGUUUUUCUUCUUGCUAUAGACAAUACUGAAGAGAUAGAAGAUAAUGUUAAUGAUGGCUUUGCAACUUUACCAACUUCUUCUUCUUCUUCUUCACAUUCCAAUUCACUCUUCUUUCACCCUCACCAAUACACACCUUUGAAUGAGAGAAUGACGACAAGAUUGGCCAAUAUUUUCCUCUACCAUAAUGCGUCGAGAAGGAGAAAGACUCGUCAUUUGUUGAUUCGUAAAGAACACCAAGAAGAGGAAGAAGAUGAAGCACCUCCUCCUAGCCCUCCAGAACUCCAGUGUUGGAGCUUCUCAGGAAAAACAGAGACAUGCUUUUUAGCUAGGUUGAGGCACCAGUGACAAACCCAAGCAAAUUCCUUUAUGCAAAAGCCAUUGACACUGGUAAAGAUCCUAAAGAGGCUGCAAAGAGAUUGAAAAUUGAAUGGGAUCCAGCUGCUGAAAUUGAGUAUACUGGCCUGAAUGAUGAACCAGCUAUGGUUUGUUCUCUUUCUGAUUAGUUUAAUGUGUUUCAUUUAAGGGUCGUCUGUUUGUUUGUUAUUUCUUAUACAAUAGUUGGAAACCACAUUUAUUAAACCUUACCUUGCUUGGAUCAGCGGGUUGAUCAGGACCUCGUCAACCCCAACUCCUGACUCGGGCCGGGUAUAAAAGAGAAGUCAACUCAAAGUUGAGAAAGUCAAACUGGUUUAAUUUUGUUUAUUUUUUACAAACAACAUUAUUUUGCUUUUUUUUUAAUAAAUAAAAUAAAAUAAUAUCAUUUUAAUUCAUCAGGUUAACUAGGUUAACCUGUUCGACAUUAGCCCGGGGCAGUUGGGUUUAAUUAACAUGGUCUGGCUGGUCCUCUUGAGCUUGCUAUUUAUGGGGUGCCGAUGCUUCUGCAAGCAUGAUAGAACUAGCUCUUAAAAUUUUCUACUUAUGAAACAUUUGUAGUGGUAAGAUACUACUCUAACACAGUUGAAAGUCACUGUUAAAUAUGUUUUAUUUCUCAUAUGGGUUUAUAACUUCAUAUAUGGAAAAUAGAAAAGACAUAAUAUGAUUUUAGUAGCAAAACCCUUGGUUGAAAUUGCUGGUUGAUAUGAUCAAUGAUACCGUACAGCCUUUAGCAUCACUGCAGUAUUUGUUCAAGAACACAAACCAGGUCCUAUGUGCCUCCUUCAUUGAAUCUGUACGCUGGUUAUAGUGAGCAUCUUUUUGAGGGCAUAAUAACAUGAUCUACUUUUGAAAAUUGUUAACUCCACUCUCAUCUAAUUUGAGAUUGUAACCAAGGAAGCUAACUCUUUUGCAAUAUUAUAUAAUAUAACUAAGUCGUUUUUUAUAUGAGCGAGCCGGGAAAACAUGGAACUCACUACCCUUUGACGCUUGUGACUUGCUGCCCACGUCCUCACUUUGCCAGCUUCAGAUAUUGUCCUUCCCACCUCAAACAACGGCACUCAUGGAACACUUGAAAUUUCUGAUAAUCUGGACUUCUGUAUUAUUACUGCUGAUUAUUUCCACGAAUUAAAAUUCACGGCUAUUGAAGAAUCUAAAAAGUUGAUUAGAAAAGAGAGUAUGCAAAAGGAAAAGCAGAUUUCAGCGGAUCCAGUUUCGUUGAGAGAGUCAUCAAGAAGAGAGGCUAGCUUCAAUUUCAUGCUGCUGCCUGUGUCGACUGCACCAACUCCAGACCUGCUACCACCUGCACUGCCUGAAAAAUCCCAGAUUAUAGCAGGCAGCCUCCCCAGCUCAGCCUGCUCAUCCCCUCGGUUCAGCCUCACCAUGUUGAAGAAGAAAUGGAAAAAUGAAAGCCAAGCAUCUCCCCGCCAGAUUGACAAUCUUGCUGGUCGACAUUCUUUAGCACAUCCUCCCCUUGCUGCUCAACAAGAAAUUCACUUGCGAAGGAACAAGUCUUGCGUAGAAGGAAGGACAGCCGCACCUGCUGAUGAACUUAAUUUUUGGUUCCCCAGACCAAAUGCUAGCAAAUCUGAUGACAGACCUCAUGGACACUUCAAAAUUGAGGCUAGGAAAGAAGAUCACAUAACUGGUGAAAACAUGGAUCCCAUUGAUGAUGGAUUGAAAUGCGGUGUGCUAUGCUUCUACCUUCCAGGCUUUUCAAAGGGAAAACCAGUGAGACCAAAAAAGGAAGAAGUGAGAGGAGAUUUGGGAAAUGUAAUAUCCAGGACAGUUUCUGUGGAAAAAUUUGAAUGUGGUUCAUGGGCUUCAUCGGCCAUCAUAAAUGACCAUGAAGACGACUCCAAGAAUCUUUACUUCGAUUUGCCACUAGAGUUGAUCCAAGCUAGUGCGAAUGACGCAAAUUCACCAGUUGCUGCUGCCUUCAUCUUUGACAAGGAUCGAAAACAAGUUCUCAAGAGUUGUUCAACAAGAGCAGCACCCAGGAACUCCCAUGAAUUUUCUCGCCAUGUUAGGUUUUCAACAUCAUUGCCCACAUCGCACCCUACCUCACCAACUUCUUGCAUUAAACCACGCUUGCAGAAGGCUAGGGAGGAAUUCAAUGCCUUUUUAGAAGCGCAGAGUGCAUGAAUCUUUCUGCCAACUUUCUUCUUUCAAGCAUUAUGUUUUCCAGUUCGUUGCAAUUAUGCAGAUUUGGAUGACACAUUUUACCCGAAUGUGAUGCAUCCUUCAUUUUCCAGCCAUCUUCUGGAAAUAAGCCAGAGAAGGUUGAACAAGAUAAUUGUACGAGAAUAUUGCCAUUUCUUGUUCUUUUGUUUCAUGUUCUGGGUUAAUCGCA